AGGCCUGAAAUGAUGCUUCUCUGAUUGGCUUUCAACCCAAUCAGCGCUUGCAUACGAACCCUCCUUUCUAUUCUAGAGAGAGAGAAAAGGCAAAGGGAUCACAUCACCAAUGUGAGGAACACGCGGUUGUAAUUCCAGAAAAAAGGAAUCGCGCUUUGCAUAGCACUCACCGCCAUUAAACCAUCGAACACACUUUCACCCUCUUCCACUUCUGCUGCCGAACAGAAAAGAAGAAAAAACACAGAAGGAAAAUAGGCGAACAAGAAAAAUCCUGAUAAAGAGGACGUGUCAUGUCGUCUUCUUUUCCUUCUGUUCCAGGCUUUAUCGGACCGCUCUCUCUCAGGACGUUCCUGGAAAACUACUUCGCUUUGAAGCUGACCUUUGGUACAAACGCCGAACCUUCUAGGGUUACUAGGGCUGGUCAUGCACCGUCUCGUACCACGCAAGACGUGGUACUCUCAGUCAACGAAGCUUUUCUGGUGGUCGUGUACGUCGCCCGACAUGCACCUGCCGCGCCGCGGGUGCCUGCCGCACGCGCUGCCCAGCACAGCAACGACAGCAGCGUUGCGCCAUCGGUGAACUCAAAAGCAAGAGGCCAGGCUGUCGCUGCUUCUUUGAAGGCGAACCACCGUCCGAGCAGUACAUCAACCGCUGCGUCGUGGCUGCUGUACACACAGGCUGACCACCGCCCCCUCACGCGCGCGCUUCUGCAGCACCCUUGGUGGCUGUCCCUCGCGUCUCUCCUCGGGCCGGCCGCCGUUGCGUUCGUAGAGCUCUACUGCCCGAUGGUGCUCCAGCUGGAAGCCAUGGCGGGCGGUCUCCAGGUGUUGGGGCCUGCGCUGCUGCAGAACGCCGCCGCGCCUGCCGCCCACCACAACGCAGUGCAUCGAUGGCGCGAAGUAAAACGGGCCAGAGAAGAAGCCACCGCUGUACCUGUUCGAGACAACUGCUCCCCUUUAUCAAAAAAGAGUCGGCCUGAGGGCACAGCCGACUCAGUUACCGCGGCGCCUGUGAGGCUACAGGAAAACCAAAGCACAGCAAACAAAAGCCUAAGGAACGGAAGGAAAGAACUUCGCAAGUCGCACGCCAAGAGCGUGUCCACCUUUUUAUCGAAAAGGGCGUCGACGUGGGAGGCGGCACUGCCGCGCACCGACGUGUCGCGAACUCGUUUGUACAGUGUACAAGACAAGGUCGCGAUGAACGCGAGGUGGUUCACACAAAAUACCAAGGAAGGGGUAGCAGAGGAUUCAGAGCCGAUGCCUAUGUCGCUGCUGGAGGCGCUGUGGGUAGGCCGGCACCCGCGAAGCUUACAGUGUGCCGUGCGCGCCGCCCUCCCUCGUUGGCAGGCGCUGCGAUUGGAGCGCCUGUCGUCAUCACCGCAAGCUUCAGUACUUCCGUUUUCUCAGGACACAAAAAAUGGAGACGCAGAAGCUGCCCCGCUGUGUCUUCCGCUCUGCUUUGUGCGGCACGCCUUUCGUUGGAUGGAGCUGAAAUCGUUGAGCCCCGCCAACGCUGAGUCGAGACCCGCGAUGGUGGCAGGCAAGACCUCUUUCAGCGUCAGCGCACACCUGCAACAUGUCCUCUCCUCCGCGCUCGACCAAUGCAGCCGCCUUGACCUCCGCGGCGCGGCGCUGAAGCAUCUGCACUACAUCGAGGUCCGAUUCCAGCGUCAACAGCAGGCACAGGAGCCGUCCGACAUUCAACGACUGGCCGCUCCGGUCGAUGUCGUGGUGGCCUAUUUGCGUACGCUGCUCUCCGCCUUACGCUGGUCCUUCGCCGCCGAUUCUUGUGGUGCGGACUCUCCCGCCUGCUCCUUCUGGGGCGUGGAGGAAGCCAACGGUGCUCGCGUGUUGGAUGCACUCCUCACGACCGUGCGCGCGUGGCUGCUGGCCGGUCGUCACGCCGUCUUUCCCGUUUCCAGAUUUCUCGACGGGGUGCCGGUGGCGCAACUGCCAUGGUUGAGGGGCUUCUUCACCUGUCCACUUUCGCAGUCCCCAUCGUCGGCACGUCACGCUCGCCGGCAGCGCUCGCAGAUCCAGCAACGAGUCUGGCUUCAAUUCGUGCUCUUUUUGACGCAAGAUGUCCUGCCCUUCUUGGUGCGGUCCUCCUUCGCGGUGACGUGGAGUUCCAAGAACACAAAUCAGCUUAUUUUUUACCCCGCAUCCGUGUGGCGACGUGUUGUGCGGUGCGAGCUAAAUCGCACUGUGAGCAGCCAAGCAAGUGGAUCACCACUUGGAGACGUGACCGCUACCAAAACCGACAACAACACGUGUCCACCACCGCCGCCGACGAACGUGGAGGAUGGAAAAGAAACGGAGCACACGCACGGUGCGAAGCGCCUGUCGCCGCUCUCCUUUGAGCAGAUCGAGCAGCGCAAGGGCGCGGCAACGCUCACCGCCCGCAACGGUCGGCCGUCUUUGUUGUACGCUGCGGUCCGCUUUCGGCCGGAUGGGCGCAAACUGCGUCCCAUCGCCGUGCUGCGCAGCGCCUCUUGUCGUUCCAUCAGCGCCAUGGCCCGCGGUGCGCCAGGCCCUUACCACCACCGUGCUGCGCUGGUCCGUUUGCUGACGAGGAUCGUUGCCCGGCUCGGCGUGGCGGUCCCACCUUCUACCACGAAUGUGCUGGCGUGGGUGCAGAGGAUGAGCGACAAAGGAGACAGUUUUGUUGUACCGCGACCGCCUUUGCAUCACCUAUCGCCCCUGCCACUACCACGAGAUCAUCAGCCCCCUCACAAGAAUGCGCUGCAGGGCGUCUUUCGUUGUCUCCUGAGUGGCGCAGAGGAGCGGCGGGUGCAAAGCGGGCUGCCCAAACUGAGCAACUUGUCGCACCAAGACGAGUACGCGGAGCUGCGUAGCUUCUGCGAGGAGGCGCGAUGUCGUGCGGGGGCGACGAACGAAGAGGAGAAGGAAUCUGUUGAGGAGGGAAACUCUCGCCAUGGCUCGACCUUCUCGAAAACAGCGCCUCAUAUCUUUCUUGUGCGCAGCGACGCCCUCCGCUGCUACGACAACUUGCCGCAGACCCGCGUACUCGCAGAGGCGCACGCACUCGUGAGCCACGACGCGUACCGCACCCUCUCUUUCACGGCCAUUUUUCAUUCAGCUGAGUGUUCUUGUGAGGACACUUCAUCGUUGCAUCGCACGCUGGUGAGUCGUACAGUUCCAUGGACGGACGUCGCCAACGGCAAGCUGGCCCGCAUUCCACGCGGGCACGUCUACUGGGAAGAGGAGAGCAAAGACGGCAAACAGGGUGGAGGCGCGAAAGGCACCACCAGCGGCACUGCCGUCCGCGCCCUCCUUCAUGAACACCUGCAGCACCACCUGAUCGUUCUAAACGGCAGAUUAUUUGUGCAGCACGUUGGCAUCCUGCAGGGCUCCCCGGUCGCGAUGCUGUUGUGUGACCAACUCUUUGCGAAAGCGGUCGACACGUCACUUUCGAGUAUCCUCAGCGAGCACGCAGAGCGCUCCUUGCUGCUGCGCCGCGUGGACGAUGUGCUUGUGGCGACCACCUCCCCUGUUGCGGGUCAGCGGUGUCUGCAGGCGAUGCAGCGCGGGUGGCCAUCUGUCGGCUACCGAAGCAACGCGAAGAAGCUGACCAUGUCCGCUGGCGACGGCAAAUCUGUGCCGUGGUGCGGUCUGCUCCUGCACGACACCACGCUGGAGACGAGCGUGGAGUGGCGACGUAUGGGCCCCGUGUUAUCGUCGGUGCGGGUGGCCGACACGAUCAGAGCACACUGCGGGGAUCGCGAACCGUUGCUGUUUACGCAGCGCCUCCUCGCUGCGAUUUACCUGCGUGUGCCGCCCACGGCGCUGUGUGGUCGCAUUAACUCCAAACUGCGGCAGCUGCAGACGUUCUACGAAGCUGCGCUGCUGUGGAGUCGUCUGAUUGUAUGGAAAGUGCAGGAGACGCUCGCCACGGCGCACCACCGCUGCGUCGCCGUGUUGCUGCUGCGACCGCUGGCCGCGUGCAUCGCCCGCUUGUGUCGCCUCCUGCGCCGUCAUCACGAGUUCCUGGCGGCGCGUCAGUCUGGCUGCGACGUGCGCAAUGGCGAGGUCCGCGCGUGCGUGCUGACGGCGUUGCAUCGUACACUGCAGGUACAGCUUCGGGUGUUAGUGCGGAAGCGGAUGCGUCAUGCACGUGAACGGCUGCAGCAACCACAGCGCGGGCACUGUCCGAGCGGCAGGGGAAGACAGCGGCGAGCAAAUGACAGGAAGAUGCGUGUAGCGACGGCACAUCCUCAAGAUGUGAUACGACGUCGUGUCCACACGGAUUCAGCAACAUCGCAAUCCACUUUUCGUGCCUUCUGGUGGUGUGCGGCGUUGCAGAUUGAGGCACAAUGGUGUGGCUCCCUUGCUGCUCUUGAGCGCGAGGGUGAGAACGCGAGGGCCGCCGAAGAGGAUGCAGAGUUGAAGCAGCGUACACCGGCGGCCACAGCGCAUCUUCUGAGGGACGUUGGACCAUCUUCUCUGCAUAUGGAGGCACUGCGUGCAACACAGCUGCUCUUCAAACCCGACACUGACAGUGCGAUCUGUUCAAAAGCGGGAGGCUCAUGA